AUGAUCCAAAAAAUGCAAACUGAUGCCUCACAUAUACUAAGGACCAACCAAUCCUUCGACUCUUCUGACUUCAAAAAGAAAGUUUGCACAAAACCUGCCCUCACCCAAACUUCUCUUGGACGCGAACUACGGUUGAUGUCCUCGGUAGAAUAUGCUACUGCCACGGACAAGGCGGGUUUUCCGCACGGUCAAAUUCCGUUAGCACUGGACAGUAUCAGUCGGUAUUUCACGCGUGGCGUGGCUGGAGUUGUUGGGAUGAAAAUGAACGAAAGUCAAACAGUGAGACAGCAGGGUCCUAAGCCUGCUGGCAGAUUAUAUGUGAAAGCAGUAUUUGCUGGCUAUAAACGUUCGCAGCGAAAUCAGCGUGAACAUACAUCACUUCUAAAACUGGACGGAGUUUACAACAAAAAAGAUGCUCAUUGGUAUGUGGGGAAAAGAGUUCUCUAUGUUUAUAAAGCACAUAAAAAAACAAGAGUGCACGGCAAAACACCAAGUCGCGUACGAGCAAUAUGGGGAAGAAUAACUCGAGUACAUGGCAAUGUGGGUACAGUGAAAGCAAAGUUUUGCAGAAAUCUCCCGCCAAAAGCGAUGGGCAAACGUGUGCGCGUGGUUAGUAACGGUGGUGUGAUUCAAUAUGUGGGCUUAGUCUCUUAG